AUGUCCUACGGUAUGGGUGAAGGAAGAAAAGUGCGUGUUCCGCCAUUGCCCGCACCAGGCAAGGAAGGCCUGGCGUUUGAGUGUAUGGCUUGUGGCAAAUGGGUCAGAAUCAACACAAACAGCGCCUGGAAGAAACACGUAUACGGAGAUCUCCGGCCAUGGAUAUGCCUCAAGGAAGAUUGCGCAGUCGCAAUUGAGGCUUUCCGAACUCGAGAAGAUUGGAUUUCGCACCUUGCGCUCGACCAUCGAAUGGCGCCGGAGUGGAAUUUGAUCGAGUGUCCCCUAUGCCGAGCUGAAGCAGGCCCUGGCAGAUUUUCCAUCACAAAGCAUCUAAGUCAUCACCUGGAGGAGAUAUCUCUCGCGGCCUUGCCAGCUGAUUGCGAGUUUGAUGAAGAGUCCGAGGUAAGCGAGCCGGAUUCAGUAAAUGACAACACAGAGGCCCAGGUACGAAAUGCCUGGCUGGAUGGCCUGAUGCUCUUUCAGGCAAAGACUGGUCGGCAGAUAAGAUCCAUACCAGCUCUUACCAAGCGAUCAUUGAGUCUUUUUGAAGUACGUGUGGCAGUCCAGAGCCAAGGUGGACAUGAAAAGGUCAGCGAGCCAAACGACUGGGCUCACGUUUGCGCCGAGCUUGGGCUAGAUGACGACGAAAUAACCCACACGGCCGAGCUACUCCAAAGUACCUAUCAAUAUCUGGUGGAACCAUACGAGUCUUCAAAAAGCGUUCAAGAGAAAGACGAUGAGCCAUCCGAGACGGAGGAUCAGCGUCAAGUCACAACUAGCACUGGAACGACCUUGAAGGAUCCUAUACAGAGAGCUGCGGGAUCUCAAGGAAGCUCGAGUUCCGUACCUAAUAUCACUGAUGACUCGGCUCUGUCUGAGAUACGCGAUACUGAAGAACGGGAUUUCCUGAAUACAGAAGCCCUCAGUACACCUGUCAGAGGCAUCCUGCCCCGUUCCAGUGCACGCUCUGCCUUAAGCAGUUCACCAGACCUAGCAUUCUUCGGGUCCAUCUCCGGGAACAUACCGAUAAGCCUUUCGGAACGCAUACGGAGAACAGCCAUUCUUCAAUCAAACGUCAUAAAAGACGGCUGGAUUGUGGCUGAGAUGUACGAUUUCCCUGGAUUGUUGAGGAGUUUUGGUUCGGACUGGCAUGGAAUUGCGCGGCACAUGCGAACCAAGACGGCUGCAAUGGUGAAUACAUUUUACAACAACUUUGCCAGCCGAGGGAAGCCGGACUGGGAUCCGAUCGUAUCUGAGGCUAAGCGGAAGGUACAACGGGGAGAGAAGCUUCCUGUUCCUCCAACUCCAAGUGUUGUUCGCACGUACACGGAGCCCCUGAACUUUGGUCAACGCAACAGUGCUGAACCGCCCCAAGGUCAGGAUAUUAAGAGGAAACACUGA